GGGAUGGGGAAGAGUAGCUGGGAGGAUGGACGGGGAGGGAAGGGGGUCGGGCGCAUUUUCUGGGAGUCUGGCGGCGGCUGUGGGGGGUCCUGGGCGCGGUAACCUGACUCCGCUGGCCCUGGACGGUCGAGCAGGAGGAGAUCGGCCGGGUCUGACGGUGAGUGGGUCUCUCUUCCCCGCGCCCCAGCCCGGGAUGAAGGGAAGGUGCGCGCAAGGGCGAGAGCGCGCGCGCAAUGGAGGGGCCAUUGUGUACGAGAGGAGGUCCCGGCUGGCCGCCUCUUCGGAGGGGGACCCUCUGGCCCCCGGGCGGGCUCUGGGCGGACCCCGAACUGGCGGGGCCUCCGCGGCUGCGGGACAGAACCGGCUUUGUCUCUCCCCGCAGCUGGCAAGGCGGGCGAGGGAGGCGCGCGGAGAGCCCCACCGCCGCCGCCGCCACGGCCCCUUCCACGCCUCCACGGGUGGCAGCUCCAGAGGAAAAGGGCUGGGCUCCAAAGACGCUUGCACGGAGCAAAAAUGAAAAAAGCCCGGCUGGGUGCGGGCAGCUCCGGGGACUGGGGGAAUACAAGGCGCAAAGACGGCUGGGGAGAAGCGGAGGGCUUGGUCCACUUCUCAGGGUGGCGUGUCGAGAGCAUCCAGGGAGUGGGGGACUCGGAACCGACGGCCUCCUCUGCGUUUGGGUUGCUUUCGACGGGUGACGAGAUCUUGGGCAGAUAGGGAUCCCCAGAUCUCACACCCAAAAGCGAAUGAGAUGGGGAAGCUUCGUUGCCCGAAUCCGUCUUUUGGUGCAUGCAACUCUAGGCCUUCUUAAGAUCACAGACUGCUUCCAUUGAUUCACACACACACAAUUGUGCGGGAAGCGAGUUGCUGCCUCCUGGUGGAACCCCGUGUCGCUAGCAAAUGUGUGAAUGAAGCAAUGCACUUGGGGAAAGAAUCGUAGACCGGUAGAGUUGGGAGGGGUUCUGAGGAGCAUCAACCUCCUGUAAUGCAGGAAUCACAACUAAAGCAUCCAUGGCAGAUGGCCAUGCAACCUCUGCUUUAAAACCUCCAAAGAAGGAGAGUUCACCACCUCCCAUGGGAGUCUGUUCCACUGCCGAACAGCUCUUACUUUCAGAAAGUUAUUCCUGAUGUUUACUCAGAAUCUCUUUUCUUGUAACUUGAAUCUAUUGGUACAGGUCCUAGCCCCCAGAGCAGGAGAAAACAAGCUUGCUCCAUCUUCCAUGUGACAGCCUUUUAGAUAUUUGAAGAUAAGGCUCACAUGAUUGGUCUUGCCCAUAUGGUUCAUAGCAAGGGCAGCCAGUGUGCCCUCCAGCUGUUACGGACUACAACUCCCAUAAUCCCUGGCCAUCGGCUACAACAUCUGGAGAGCACCACAUCAGCUAGUUACCUGUUUUAUAGUACUGUAUUACAUUUCUGCACACACAAGAAAGAGGGAACCAAUUGUUCUGUUGUUUGUGCAUGAAAAGAGCUGAUAUACAGAGUAGGAUUUCUGAUCUGUAUUAGUAGGCCCCUUUUUGAACGGUGGUAUUACGUGCUCUGCAUUAAUUAAUAGAUCCAGAUCAAAAGGGCAAAGGUUGCAUUUGUGUCACUGCAUGAAAAACUGUGCUGUGAUAUACAUGCAAAACUAAUGUUGAGCACUUAAAAUCCCAUUGAUUUCAAUGUGAGAAUUAAGCAAGUGAUUAAUUUUCCCCAGCUGAUGUCACCAGAUCUUAGAAAGUGCUUGCAUUUGACUAGAAUCAUACCUCUGAUUGACGGACCUUUGGGCAGCUUGCUCAGGGUACCAGUGGUAACCAAUGGAAGGAGGAGGCUGGUCCUUUAUAAAUGUAUGAAAAUGCUUUGAGUCUCCUAAUGAGUAAGAAUUGCUACUGCCCUACAUUUGUAAAUUCUUUCAGAAUUCUUGAGCACACUAUUGCUCAUUCAACAGAGAAAGGUACAGCAGAUUAUGGGCAGAAAUUCCUUCUUCCAUUUAAAAGCUGGAACAGGGAGAUAUUCCUAUCACUAGCUAUCUGCGUGUGUGGAAUGCAAUAAAUGUUAUGUACUUAACCCUGUUGUUGAUUAUUGUUAUCACCCAAAGGGCAGAUUUAAUUGGUGUAAAGGGAAAUGGAGAAUUAUCUGUGUACCAAGCAAUUAGAUACACAAUAGCCACUGUGAGACAGAUCUAUUACCCAUACAAUGAACUCUUAACUCAUUGCUGCCUCAACUUUGCUACUGCUACUAUGGCUGGUUGAAAUUCUUGAAAUGUCAGGGAAAUACUGAAAAAACAUUGGAGGCUAACAGUGCAAGCCUAACCAUGUCUACUUGGAAGUAAGUACCGUUGCAUUCAAUGGAGCUUACUCCCAGGUAAGUAGGGUUAGAAUUGAAGUCCCAUAAAUUUCAAUGUGAAGUGUGCUCAACGAAUUUACUCUGGAUCCAAAUGGUGAUGGGUGCCACUUUUCAGUAGAUUAUGAAAACAAUAAUGAUCAAUAAAACUUUAUAAUAAAACAGAAGAGGCUAAUCUGGAAGAAGCUUUUUUCAAUUGCAGGAGGGCAGUUACACCCCUUGGAGCUGGGUGGUGGCAGCUCAUCAAGCUGUUUCUGCUUCUUCUCCUUCACCUCAGGGCAAGGUGGCUGUUUGUUUACACUGAGUUGUGCCUCCCAAUUGAGACAUCCCCCACUACCUACUGUAUUGGCCCAAAUAUAAGCCGCACUCAAAUAUAAGCCACACCUUUAAAAUUGAUGGGGGGAAAGGAAAAAAGACAAUACCCGAAUAUAAGCCGCACCCUUAAAAUUGGAGGGGGAGGGGGAUUCUGAAAGGCACCCACCCAAUGAAGCACAAUCACACAACGAGGAACACACAUGAGGCUUGCCCAGGGAAGGUGGGGGGAAUCAAAAAGGGGGUCAAAAAGCACCCGUCCCAAACAAGCACACUCUCACCACCAAAGCCCAUACGGUCGUCCGCUGCCUAAUACAGUAACUGCUUUGCUGGCGGCCUUCCGCCUUUCUUACAGCGGCUCAGGGGAGGCUUGGGAGCGGAAGGUGGGCUGCGCACCAUUCCCUUGCGCUCCUGGGCUGCUUCCUGGUGGGGGAGCCACGCCGCUUUGCUGGUGGCCUUCCCCCCCUUCCUCCUUCUUUCUGGUGGUUCGGGCAAAGCUUGGGAACCACGGUUGGGACGGGUACCCUUGUCCCGCACCCCUGACGGCCCUCGUGGGCAGCUGUUUCAGCAGCGAUAUCGUAAGGUCACAAAUAUCAGCCACACUUUAACUUUUCACAGUUGGAAUUUGGGGGGGGAAGUGUGACUUUGGGCCAAUAUGGUAUAUAUGCAGCAUUCCUCAAGAGAAUAGGACAGACACUGAGUAUGAAAAAUCUGCCAGUAAGUCUCCACCUGCAUUGGCAGAGAAUAUCUAUAGUAUCUCUUCUUUUUCAGGUGUCCAGCAUGUCCUGGCUGCUCCAACACAGGACGCUCCGACAAUGAGCAUCAACUCGCCUCUCAGCAACGAGAACGCCUCAGGGAACCUUACGGUGCUGGAAGACGGGGCUGGCCGAGUUACAGAGUCCAUUGCUAUUAUUGUCAUCACCAUUUUCAUUUGUUUAGGAAACCUGGUGAUCGUCCUCACUCUUUACAAGAAGUCGUACCUCCUCACACUGAGCAACAAGUUUGUUUUCAGCCUGACCCUGUCCAAUUUCCUCCUCUCCGUGCUGGUUCUUCCUUUCGUCGUGACCAGCUCCAUCCGGCGGGAAUGGAUCUUCGGAGUCGUUUGGUGCAAUUUCUCUGCCCUCCUCUACAUGCUGAUCAGCUCGGCCAGUAUGCUCACUCUUGGACUCAUUGCAAUCGACCGGUAUGUUGUCAUAGAAUCAUAGCAUCACAGAGCUGGAAGGGACCCUGAGGAUCAUCUAAGCCCAACCCCUGCAAUGCAGGAAUAUGCAGCUGUCCCUUAUGGGGAUCAAACCUGCAACCUUGGUCUUAUCAGCACCAGGCUGUAACCAACUGAGCUAUCCAGCUGCUUUCAUUACAGAUGGGAUGUGGGUGAGCAGUAAAGACAAGCCAGAAUACACCUGUGCAGAGAGGGAGACCCGGCUUAAAGUAAUACAGGACAAGAUUGUCCUGACAGAAAAUACUUUUGGGGGAGUCUACAAGCGCGGGUGGCACUGUGGGUUAAACCACAGAGCCUAGGACUUGCCGAUCAGAAGGUUGGUGGUUCGAAUCCCCGCAACUGCUCUUGCCAACGUAGCAGUUCGAAAGCACGUCAAAGUGCAAGUAGAUAAAUAGGUACCGCUCCGGCAGGAAGGUAAACGGCGUUUCCGUGCGCUGCUCUGGUUCACCAGAAGAGGCUUAGCCAUGCUGACCACAUGACCCGGAAGCUGUACGCUGGCUUCUUCGGCCAAUAAAGCGAGAUGAGCGCCUCAACCCCAGAGUCGGUCACGACUGGACCUAAUGGUCAGGGGUGCCUUUACCUUUACCUUACAAGCAUCAAAGAGUGAUCAGACAGAACCAUUCCUCUAUGGGGCCUCCCAGAAGACAUCUGGCUGGCCGCUCUAGGAAACAGGAUAAGAACAUAAGAAUCCAGUUGGGUUGACCAAUGGCUCAUCUAAUCCAGCGUCUUGUUCUCUCAGUGGCCAGCCAGAUUACAAUGGGAAGCCUGCAAGCAGCGUCUGAGUUGGACAGCACCCUCCCCUGUACCUAAUAAUAAAUAAUAAUAAUAAUUUUUUAUUUAUACCCCGCCCUUCCCGGUUCAGAAAACCGGGCUCAGGGCGGCUAACAACAAAUUUAAAACACUUAAUUGAUGCAACAAAAAACAUCAUAAAAUACAGUAUAAAACGUGAAUAACAAUAAAUUCAUAAUUCAAAAAUCAAUUUAGUGUGCACUAAAUUUAGUGUGCACAUUCAUGUAACAUCAUAAAUGUCAGCUGGUGCUCCAGCAUACCUAAUUAAAAACUGCACCAUAAUGACAGAUUUGUACAAUUUAUAUUUUAGCAUCAUCACUUUGUGUGUCCUUUGAGCUCCAAACCAUGCAAUAGCUGUAUCUGUAGAAGUUGCCCAUUUGGUUGAUUACUGGGGCGAGUUUCAAAUAACCAAGAGCAAGUUUUUUAAAGAAAAGACUCAUUUCCCCUUCUUACUGCAUGCUUUGUAAGGUUGCUGAAUCCUCCUUUUAUUUUUCCUCAGGUACUACGCUGUCCUGUACCCGAUGGUUUACCCAAUGAAGAUUACAGGUAACAGAGCUGUUGUUGCCCUUCUGUACGUCUGGCUGCAUUCCCUCAUCGGGUGCCUUCCUCCGCUCUUUGGCUGGUCUUCUUUAGAAUUUGACCAGUUCAAAUGGAUGUGUGUGGCCGCGUGGCAUAAAGAAGCAGGCUACACUGCCUUUUGGCAGAUCUGGUGCGCGCUGCUGCCCUUCUUAGUCAUGAUGAUUUGCUACGGAUUCAUAUUCCGCGUGGCCAGGAUUAAAGCGCGGAAGAUUCACUGCGGGAGCGUGGUCAUCGCAGAGGAAGACACCCAAAGGAAUGGGAGGAAAAACUCCAGCACUUCAACGUCCUCGUCAGGCAGCCGAAGGAACGCUUUCCAAGGAGUCGUUUAUUCUGCCAAUCAGUGCAAAGCUUUGAUAACUAUCUUGGUUGUGAUUGGUGCUUUCGUAAUCACAUGGGGGCCUUAUAUGGUGGUUAUUACAUCCGAGGCACUUUGGGGGAAAGACAGCAUUUCUCCUGCUUUGGAGACACUGGCAACUUGGUUGUCUUUUACGAGUGCUAUUUGCCACCCUUUGAUUUAUGGACUCUGGAAUAAAACGGUACGCAAGGAGUUGCUGGGAAUGUGCUUUGGAGACCGGUACUACAGAGAAUCAUUUGUUCAACGGCAAAGGACAUCCAGAUUAUUUAGUAUUUCUAAUAGGAUCACAGGUAAUAAAGCAUGGUGGUAUGGCUUAUGGUAUGAUUUCUCUAAAUACCACUUUCUCACCCAAAGGCUUGUUGCCUUUUUAUUAUUUUUAGGCUUGCCAGGUGAUGUUGAAGAAAUAUUAGUAGUCUCUCAAAUGUGUUAGUUAAGGUUACUUAAACAUCAGUCGCUCAUGUCGACAGGGAAACAUUCAGAUUCCACUACCACUGAAAGGGAGAGGAAUAAAUUCCCUGUCUUUGAUUUCUCCUUUGGAGAUGGUAUUCCUGUCAUUUGGUGUUUAACUCUGGAUUAUGCAAGCAUACUUGUAGCAGCCUUUUCAUUAACUCUCAGUACAGAUGCUGCAGUUUAGCUGUUGACUAAAUCAAACAGCUGGAUAAUAAGUCGUGGGAGCUUUGGAACAUGCUUUUCUUAAAUCUCCCAGCACUUCUCCAGGAUAUAGUUUGCUAAUGCUGAAGGUCUUUUUUGCAGAUUUGGGACUCUCUCCACAUCUCACAGCUCUCAUGGCAGGUGAGAGGACUUUAGGACACAGCAGCAGCACCGGCGAUACAGGUUUCAGCUGCUCUCAGGAUUCAGGUAACUCUUCCUUUUUUAAAAUUUCACUUGCAUUUUCCAAGUUGUGAGAAACUAUUAUUAUAAGAAACUGGAUUAAAAGUGGCACUUGCUGGUAACAGUGUUUAGCAAUUUAAGGUGCUAGUCUUGAUCUAUAUAGCCCUCCAUGGCCUGGGACCUCUGUGCCCAACAGAAUGCCUCCUCCCAUUUUUUUUGCACGUAUUCAUCAUAGUAAUUCUUCCAUAAAUUAACUGUACAAGCCAUGGUCUUGUUUUAGGAACAGAUGUCAUGCUGCUUGAAGACUAUAGUUCUGAUGGAGUUCAUCACCCACAUUGCCUUUAUCCCCAUCGACGGAGGAGUUCUGUGACUUUUGAAGAUGAAGUGGAACAAACUAAAGGUGUGCUGAGGCUGGGUAUUUUAGUCCAAAGCAGACAGAAAACACUUAAAAUAUUACUGUGUACUAUUCAAAUGUUAAAAACCAGACAGAUCUCUGUCAAAAUAGCUUACAGCUAUGAGACAUAAAGUGGAAGAAAAAAGAUGUUGGAUGAAACAUGAUUUAUUUACUACUUUUACCUUUCAGUCAAUACAUAAGGUGUACAGUCAGUGCUUUUUUUCUGGGGGUAAUCAACGGCACACAUUACUGGCACCUUUUUUCUAGAAGAAAAGCACUGUGUACAGUACUUGACUAUAUUCAAUUUGGAAGGUUUUGGUUCAGCUGUGGUGUGGUGUGUCAUCUGGACCAAUAAACUGUGGUUAACACUAACUAUGGCUAGUUUCAAACAAGCCAACAGAACUCAGAUUACUGAAACCAGUUGGUUUAAAACUAACCAUAUUUAAUAUUAGCCAUUGUUCCAGAUCUAGAUGACAUGACAAACUGAGGUUAAUCCAAGGUGGAAGCUUCCAAACUCCUCCAGGUAGUGAAGGAGCAGGGGAGGCUGGCAGGGAAUGUGUGACUUCAGGAGGUGACUAAGCUUGAUCAGGUUUCACUAAACUGUUCGCAUCUUGCUAAACCAUACUUUAGCAUGGCAGCUGUUCUUCACUAAUAGAAGCUAAGGAAUAACAUGCAAAAAGCCAAGGGGUGAAACAUACAGAAAAGAAGGAUGAAAACUACUUUAAAAACAGGGGUCCCAUAUAGGGGAGCUAUAGAUUGUAAGUGGAUAAGACACAGAAGACAAUAAAAUAAAGUGGGACCUGAGUUAAGCAAAUUGUUCAAGGGCAACUUACAGAACUAGUGCUGCAGGUAUUGAAUAAAAUAAUAACCUGUAAUUUCUGUGCUACCAGUAAGACCAGGCAUGGGCAGGUGUUUUGUUAGCUCAUGGAGCCGGGUGCAAAAAACAAUGAUACAAGCAUUUGUCCUGUUAUUAUUACUGAAGUCAGUGUUUAAUUCAGAACCAUUUUUUUCUCCAUUUAGAUGACUCUUGCGAGCAGCCUCAAUAUCUGCUGCCAAUGCACUGUAGUUUUAAGUUUAUGGAUAGAUGUCCUGAUUAAAAUAUCAGGCAUUUGCUUUGCUUUGACUCUCCAUUUGGUUAGCUUUAGAAUUAUUAUGUUAUUCCAUGGUAGAAUCCUGAAAUUAUCUGUAUUAAUAGAUCCACUGAAGAGCUACUUUGUGUAUGAAGUCUACAAAUAGUUCCUUGUGGGCAAGGCUUCCAUACAUUCUUCUAAACUGUCUGUUUCCUCUGUUCAGAAGCGGCAAAGAAUUCUGUUCUCCAGGUAAAAGCUGACGUUCAUAAGUCUCUGGACAGUUACGCAUCCAGCCUGGCCAAAGCUAUUGAGGCAGACGUGAGGAUCACCUUGUUUGGUGGAGACGCUUUACCUGGCUCUCUGUUUCCAGUGCGAACUGUGACAGGCAGCAACGGUGGUGCCCGGCGUGGGGGCAGGACCCAUGUUGGCCAAAGACUGCAGCUACAAAGCAUUGAGGAAGGGAACACUUGAAAUUUCUUCCAACGAGGAACAGACGGAACCACUAGGGACGAUACAGGGCCUUUUGAAAAGAAAGCAAAAUGGCCUUCAGGGUUUUAGUCCAAGGACAUCUAAAAAGAAAAAACCUGAAGUCUUGUCUUAACAGUAUUAGAAUUUGUGUGCAUAUGUCAAAUAUAUGUGUUUUGCCCUUCAGGGUAGGGUUAAGGCCACCUUGUGCCUGACUGACUGCUCAGUUAGGAAACAGGUCAAAACGAAAAGGAAAUUAGAAGUAGACCAGGGAGGCUACUCACAACAUGAAUGAUAAGCUCUGCUUCUUGAAGUGAUACAGGAUUCCUUACACGAUCCUACUUGUUUUUUCUUUAAUUCCACCCACUGACACUAUCCAUUUGAGACCGCUCCUUUCCUCCACCCACCCUAUGCUUUCAUAAAUGCGACAGUUUCCUUCACAUGCUCCUGGAGAACAGUACAAAGAAACACAACAGUUGCCUUAAUAGAUCAAGUGGAGUUUGUCAUGUCUAGUGUUUGGCAAUGGCUGAGAGAUGGCAUGAUGUGGGGAAGACAAGGAAACUGAAAAGGAAAACUUUCAGGCAUCAAGGAUUGGUUCCUUACCAGAUCGGAAAGGAGAUGAAUAGGCUGCAAUCCUAACCCCAUUUGUCUGGGAAUGAGCCCCACUGAAUUCAGUACUUCUGAGUAGACAUAAGUUAGGACGGCACUGUAAAGCAGGAGGUGUUUUAUGGUUGGACACGUGCAGAAAUGUAUGUCUAGUCUUACCUUAAUGACUUUUGAGAAGUGCCGUGUAUGUGGUUUUAACUAAUGCACAACAGUUGAACCAGUUUUUACAUCCCAUUGGCAGUGUUUCCAGGUAAGCUGUGAAUCAGGUUUUCCUGAUGUGAAACCAGCAUAAAGUGAGUGUUUGAAAACUGGAAUUCAUCAAGUCAUCCACAACACAAUGCAGCUCAUACUCAGUCAAACUGAAACCUUUUCAGACCUGCUUGAAAGCCUCUGUCCCUCUUUUCUUCUCUCCCCCCCCCCAUACUUCUUUUUUGGGUUUCACAGAAAGGCUGAAACAUUCAGUCUGCUGAAACAAUUGGGAGUUUUGCAUAGCUAUCACUAAUCAGGCUUUGACAAAAAUUAGCAAAUGGUUAGCUCAGAAUUCUGGGUUCACAGGGGCAGCUUUGAAUUCAACAUUGCGUGCUGCGAGGCACCUUGCCUUUAAAUUCUCCUUUUAUCCCAUCUAUAACAUACAGAAAUAGUAGGUGCUAUUUACCUACUUUGCCAUAUAGGAUUACUUAAAUAAUUAUCAUACAGUGGUCAAAACAUAUUUCAAGUGCCAUGAAUAAACCUCCAGACAUACAGUAUGUCCAUAGCUACUAAUUCUUUAAGGUUAGAAGGGAGAAAUGAGAUGCUUUUUAGUGGUGGUGCUUUAGCAUGGUCUCCUGAAGACCACUUUUAAUUUCCACUUCAGUUCUGCUUAAAUCUGUGGGAACAGCUUCCAAGUAAAUAUGGUUGGGUGAUAAGUGCUGGAGUCCAACAAUAUCUGAAGGGCCACUGGUUCCCCAUCCCUGCUAAUAGCCUAGUGAAUAUGCUAACAGUGCUUUUAUGUGCAUGGAAGAGUUGCUGAAUUUUCCCUUCUAAGUGUUCCUCCAAGCACCACAGCAAAAUGGUACCCUGAAAUACUCCCUUUCCUUUACAGGGGGUGUGGAGGAUGCCAUAAGGUGAGGCUUGAAAAACCUCUGGAUGCGCUUUUAAAUUUCAUAAGGAUAUGUUUCCAUUUGUAUUACUCCACUCAGUAAUGUAAAUCACUAUGUGACAAAAAGCACUUGCCAAUCUUUGGUUAAACAAAUGAAUCUUUAGAGUAACCAAUUAUUUUGAUGGUAGGAGUCCAAGAUUUUGCACAGACUUUUUCUCAAACCAUCUACCCAAAUGAUGUUUACAACAGUUACAACUGUGCCAAGAGCUUUGAAAUGUUUUAUUAUUCUGUGUAUAACACCUGCUCUGCAAUACGGAGCAGCUCUUAACAACUUUGGUAAAUGUGUUCAAGCACUCUUGCUGCUAAUAACCUUUCUACAGAACAGCGGCAUUUUUAUACUUGCUUUUCCCUUUCUUUGACUGCAAAUGGAAAAUAAUUAUAUAUUUCAAAUAUUAAGGAAUCCACUCUAGAUGAAUCCCAGGUGGAGGCUAAUGUGGCUAACAUCUAAGGCUGCAGUCCUAAAUUCACUUCUGGGAGUCUCAUUGAACUUAAAGAGUAUUUACUUCUAAGUAGAUAUACUGCAAUAGUAGCAUAGACACAAUGUGAAUUUUUUUGGGGGAAGAUUAUCCUAACUUUACCUGUUGAAGAACUGGCAUCUUGCAGGGCUGGCCCUAAUUUUAAGCAGUGCAAGGUGGCAGAUGCUGGGAUAAGGGAGAGCAAAGAUGUUGUAGGACUCUGCUUCAUACAAACCAACCUGUACCCUCUAAGCUGCAUGGAGAUUGGGUGGUCUAGUCAGCCUCUGUAUUUGAACUGGGGUGGAGCUGGAGCAGGGAACCAUCCCGCCUUUCACCUCAGGCAGCAGCAUAUCUUGGGCCAGCCCUGGCAUCUUGCCAUGUCUUCAUGCCAUUGUCACAUCUGAUGUGCCUUCAGGACACUGCUACCAGCUCCCUCAGGCUCCAGGUAAUUCUCAAGUCACAUAGUGGCAAUGGAAGCUUGUGCCCCAAAUCAAGAAGCCAAAAGUAUUUUCAAGAGACUGAUAUGGUUUCUCUUGCCUGUAUUUCAAAGAAAAAACCUAUUGGGAGUAAUUGGGCCUAUUAAACCAGCCUUGUUUCCGUAGUGGAGGAAUAGAUGGAGGAGUCAGAUAGCUAUGGUCAGCAUUUGCUGUUUCAUUGCAAAGAACUUUGAAAUGGUGAUUAGAUAAAUUUAUGGAGGAUAAGACUAUAAAUGUUUACUAAUCCAUGAUGCCUAUGUUAUUUCUCACAUCAGAGGUAGCAUGCCUCUUGGUGCCUGUUGCUGGGGUUCACGACAGGGAGAGUGCUGUUGCACUUAUGUCCUACUUGUGAGCUUCCUGUAGGCCUCUAUCUGGUUGGUCACUGUGAGAACAGGAUGCCGGAUUAGAUGGGCCUUUGCUUUGGUACAUCAGGUCUCUCUCUAUUUCCUUAUGGUACUCUUACUGAGCAGAAGAGUAAGUUAAUGAAAUAAUAUUCUCAUACAGAUUUUUGUUGUUGAUGCAUUCUCAUUUUGUAUUCCCUCCCCCAAUUGUUAAAAAAGAUAUAUGGUUUUCUAUAUGAAUGCUUUG